CAUAGUAACAACAACAAACCCGAGUACUGGCAGAUACACUUGGUAACCCUUCCUGCCACAGAUACAGACAACAACAUGUUUAUAAGUGUGAGUCACACUCACAAGAUGUGUUUGUUUUACUUUGCAUAACUACUUGCUUCCGGCACUAAUAAUAGAACGUCAACAUUCCACUUUGCAAGUGUGUGAUCGUUUGAUAUGUGUGACUCAGUUUCAGUUUUAUGUAGACUUUUGACCCCACGUGAUUUUAUUGCUUUCGCUGAUUAGCAGUUCAUUCCUCACCUGUCCUCACAUGGAGCUCUUGCUAGGGCUUUGACAGGGAAGAUACAGUACUCAACAAAAGAAAAAGCUGUUGAAACUGCACACAUGGGCAACAAGAUACAGGAAGGAAAAGCCAGUCCUGAAGCUGAUUCCUCACUAGAGAGCACCUCAACAGUCCUGAAGGCUGAGGAAGGGUCUAGAUCGUCCUCGGCAGCUGUGACGGAUUUAAAAUCCUGGAAGCUGAAGCUGUUAAUCUCCACGAGGAUGUGUGACCCAGCAGAGGACCCUGUGAUGCUGCUGCCGCUGCCUGAGCCAUGAUGCGAGGGGGGCCAGCUCUCACAAGUGUGUAUCUGUGUUUCGUCUGUCUGCUCGCCCUGAAACCGCAGCCAGCUGCCAAUCCAUGCUCUCGAGACAUCCGCCGAAACCUCAACUCCUACAUCGAAAAAGCCCCUGAACUGUGGCUGAAUUGCAGUCUCUACACCCCCACCACGGCAGACUACCAGCAGAAAUGCCCCAUCUCCACCCUGAAAUGUUUUGCUGAUGAAAUUGAAGUUCUCACAAAAGAAUGGGACAUCGUUGGGGAAAAUAAAUUUUAUAGAUUCGGACUGAACAGGAAGCUCAAACAAAUAUUCAACAAGACGGAGACAGGGUGUCUUCAGUGUGAGCGCCUCAAAGAGAAAGAUGCAAAACAUUUCCUCGAAGAGCUUCAGACUAUUCUUCAGUUUAUUUUCAAUAAGUAUUGUUCCAAAAGGGCAUCAUGAGCUGUUCUUCUCUUCAUGAACCUUUCAUAUCACCUGAACACAAACACAGUGCAUCAUGCCUGUGGUAUUUAUUUUACAGCUGGAGGAAUGGAGACAGGGCGAUUCAGUGUGCAAAGGCAGGAAGAGAGCACCUCCGUGUUGGAAGAAGCUUGGGAUUGUUGUGAUGCUGCAGUAGGACUAACAAGUUAAAUAUAGGAAGGGGUGUGUUUUCUGCAUAGCUUUUCUUCUGGUUAUUAAAUGUACAGAGCCUGGACAAGAUGAGCAACGGGCGACUUGUGCAACUGAGCACAAUGAAGAAGAUGUAAAUCAUUAAAGUUACUACAAUUUAUAUUUUUAUAAUAACAAUGUAUUAAAUGUCAACGUGAAAACACUGUUUAAUGUGAAAGGAGUCUGUUUUAGUGACGAACCAUCCGCAGGAUGAUCACACAUUUGCCGAGUAAGUUCUGACACAGCGAACACUGAGCCCACUGUUUCAGCUGACGUUUCCCAUAAC